GCGAGGAAGAAAACGGCGGCGGCGGCGCAAACGGGGGCGGGGGCGGGGGAUCGGAAGUUCCGGGGGGUGCGGCGGAGGCCGUGGGGGAAGUACGCGGCGGAGAUCCGGGACCCGGCGCGCGGGGUGCGCGUGUGGCUCGGCACCUUCGACACCGCGGAGGAGGCCGCGAUGGUGUACGACUCCGCCGCGCUCCAGCUCCGCGGCCCCCGCGCGGCCACCAACUUCUCCUCCCCCGCCGCGGCGGCGGCGGCGCCGCCGCCGGAGAAGGCGCCGGCGCCGGAGAAGAAGGCCCAGGCGCCGCCCCAGGGCGGCGACCGCGGCCUCGCCCCUGCUGCUAAGUAAGUGGUGGUGGUGGUGGUGCUUUGCGAGGGUUUUGGGAGGAGAUCCUGUGUGGAUCUCUCUCCCCCCCUCUUUACCCUUAUCUCUUUCUAGGGUUUUUAACUUUAGAUGUUGCAAUUUUUCUGAUUUUUUUUUUCUUCUUUUUCUUUUUUCUUGGGUGGUGGGGAGAAGGUUUAGUUUGUAAUAAUUAGGCGGAUUUGUUUUCUUUUUUUU